GUUGUGGUUCUUCCCUUGCGGCUCCUGGUUACCAAGAUGGUACGCCGGCUCCUCUCUUUCUCUAGCAGAAUGUGCGUGGUAGAAGCUCAACCAACUAGAGCGUCACAGUUACUGAGUGAAGAUGGGCUCUUGAGCCAAGCAGAGGCAGUAAUGCUCUGGACCCAUCUACUGAGACACUGAGAAGGUCUUACACUGCACUGGAAUGCAGUUUGGAGAUAGCACCAUUGAGGAAAUGGCGAGUCACAAACUCUGUUCCCCUCUGGAUCUCAGUUCCAAUUUAUUACCUUACUGAAGGAUCUCACUCUGUAGCCCAGACUGUCCUGGAACUCACUUCAAGCCCAGGUCAUUUCAAACCAGUACUGAUCUUCUUGCUUUGGCAUCCUGGGUGCUGGGAUUUCAGGGGUGAACCGCCUGGCCUGGUUCCAAAUAUUCCUGAUCUGAGGUUGGUUAAAUCCACAGAUAGGAAUGCGUGUGUAUGGAAGAAUGGCAUACAGUACUGGAAAUACAUUGUGGCUCCCUCUGGCUCCCUGUAAUGUGGCCUGGCUUCUGACAGAGUCAAAACAAAACAAAACAAAAAAGACCCUUCAGUAGAAAACAAAACUUAGCCCAGCCACGCCUUCAUAAAAUUAAGAUUCAACAGAUAUCCAGGACAGAUGAAGCCACUGGACACCAAAUGAUAUGUGUGGCCAAGAAUGCCUCAUUGCUCUCAUCUGGCUGCCUGCUUUAUGGAUAGAUGUGGCACACACAGACUGGCAGAGCAGUGUACUGUCCUCCUGUCCUUGGUAACCCUCAAAAGCAAAGGACACGAGCAACAUCUUCCUAGAUCAGCACAAGUUUAUGUAGGUAAAAAUGAUGCCUUGGAUAACGCCAAAGGAAGUGUGUUGAAGAUGAUAAAGCUGUCACCAACCUCUCUGUCACUCUUGAAGAGACGUGCGCUGUCAAUGAAGAGAAAACAUUUGGGGACGACGGAAAGUGUUUUAAGUAUCUGUUGGAAGGGAAAUCCAUGGUUUGGAGACUGCGCCGGAGAGCCGUCGCCCUGUGCGGACGUUACCGCCACCGUGUGGACAGUGCUGGAACCUGUGGGGACCAGGAGGUGGCCCGGCUACGGAUCCUGUGUUCUUCGGAAAGAUUUACUCAAUUUACCCCUAAGAGCAAGUUUGAAAAGUUCCCGUAAGGAAGACACUCCCCUGCGGUUUGCGAAUAUUAACACUCACAAAGACCCCACAUGGCCAAAUGACCCUGAGCCGAGACGGCUGGUUUCUGGGCUAAGGGUGAAAAACAGACACAAGAAGCCAGGAGCGCUAUCUCCAAACCUCUGCUCCAAGGGAACACGCAUCACUUCCUCCCAUAUUUCUGGGGAACAAGCAUGUUGUGGCCGCACAGAGCUCUGCGUCUGAGGGUGGACAAACUUCCUGUGGGAAGCUGCAGCAGAUACGUGAGCCAACCUGAUAAACACCAUUCCAGGCAAAGCGCAGAGGAGAGUACAGAUGCAAGUAGCUGCCUAUGGCAGAAUGACAGCUGCCAUUCAUCACAGUGACCUCAGAAACAGGGAAUGUCAGAUGCCUGAAGACCCCUUGGAAGCCUCCUCCGCCUGAAAGCUCUUCCUGUCUGGAAUAACCCACUGUUGCCAGCAUCUUUGUGUGAAUGAGUGUGAGUGUGCUGUGUCUUUUUACAUAUUUGUGCAGAAGUGCUUUAAAUUUGAAAUGCUCUAAGAUCUAAUCUUUGUAUCGUUUCCACUCAUUAGGUAUUUUCAGAUGUGUCCACAUCGCUGUGUAUAAACCUAGGCAUUUCAUUUAUUCAUCAACAUAUAAACCUAGGCAUUUCAUUUAUUCAUCAACGGUGCAUUAUAUGGAUAGAUCCAAUUUAUCUAUGUUGUCUAGACUUUCAA